GUCAACUAUACGCGUGUCGUCCAUGUUCCGAAUGUGGUGUGACUUAUUUUUGUUUUGUGUUAAUUUUCAUUACAAUAAUCUAAAUGUGAAAUGCAACAGCAUGUGUUAUUCCAUAUAGUGGAACCUUGCUCCGGCUGAAUGGAUCCCGCCGUCGCGUGGUAUCAGCCUGAGCAGGAAGGACCCGCGAAGCGCCUGUGGCUUCGUAUUUGGGAAACUCAAAGUGAAAUAGACAAAAUGAACCUCAAAAACUUAGAAAACGCUAAUCCUAAUGUGAAUAAAGCUCAAGACUUUAUACCUAUAAAUGAUGUGAACGGUGAAAGUAGGAAUAACAAUUAUUUUAACCCCGCGCGGAGGAAAAUGAACGAUAACCGCGCAUCUACCUUUAACCUGAAUAAAAACCACGAUGCUCUCAUAGGUGAAUACGGAGGUUGUCCUUGGAGGAUACCUAAUUACAAUUACAAGCCUGGGAUUCUCGGGCUACACGAAGAGAUAGAGCACUUCUACAUGUACAUGUCGCCCACGGAGACUGAGCACCUGGUACGGUCCACAGUGGUGACCCGCAUCCGCGGCGCGAUCCUAUCGCUGUGGCCUCAGGCGCGCGUCGAGGUGUUCGGAUCCUUCCGCACCGGACUCUACCUGCCGACCAGCGACAUCGACCUCGUCGUCAUAGGUCAAUGGGAGAAGCUGCCCCUGUGGACGCUGGAGCGGGAGUUGGUUGUUCAGGACAUCGCAGAGAAGGAGAGCAUCAAGGUGCUGGAGAAGGCCACCGUGCCUAUCGUCAAGAUGACCGACAAGUACUCCGAUGUUAAGGUGGACAUAUCGUUCAACAUGAGCAGCGGGGUGAAGAGCGCCGAGGUUAUCAAGCAAUUCAAGGAGAAGUACCCGGUGCUCUCCCGCCUGGUGAUGGUGCUGAAGCAGUUCCUGCUGCAGCGCGACCUGAACGAGGUGUUCACGGGAGGCAUCUCCUCCUACUCCCUCAUCCUCAUGUGCAUCAGCUUCCUGCAGCUCCAUCCGAGGCCGGAGAGGCUGCGGCAGCCCCAUAACUUGGGGGUGUUGCUCAUAGAAUUCUUCGAGCUGUACGGAAGAAAGUUUAAUUAUGUGAAGACUGCUAUCCGAGUCAAGAAUGGGGGCUCGUACGUCUCCAAAGAUGAGAUAUCAAAGGAAAUGAAUGACGGCCACCGCCCUUCGCUGCUGUGCAUAGAAGACCCGUUGACGCCAGGCAACGACAUCGGACGCUCCAGCUACGGAGCGAUACAAGUCAAACAGGCGUUCGACUACGGCUACAUAAUCCUUCAGCAAGCGGUGGGCGGCGCGAUAGACGUGGGAGCGAUCCGGCCCAGCGUGCUGGGCCGCGUGGUGCGCGUGACGGACCACGUGCUGCAGUACCGGCGCUGGGUGCGGGACACGUUCCAGCCGUACUUCUUCCCGCGUAUGCCGGCGCAGGUGCACGUGGCCCACGUGCCCCACGCGACCCACGCGACCCACGCGCCCCACGUGACCGGUGUCUGCAACCAUGCGCACGCGCCGGUCGCGCGAUCGCCUUCGCCCUCGCCGACGGAUAGCGAGGAAUGGUCGGACAGCGGCUCUCGCGCCACGGGCUCCCCCUCAGCCCCCGGGGCAGGGUCCUGCCAGACCACGGGCCCGGGGCCGGGGCCGGGCGCGGGCCCGACACAGACCCAGAGCGGGCCACAAUCGGGCCCGGCCCGCACGUCCCCUCCCCCCCUGUCGGCGCUGCAGUGCUCCUCCCCCACGCCGCGCCGCGUGUCCGCACACCAGAGCCUCAUCAUACACCACAUCACCAGCAACUCCGACUUCAAUAACAUACCCUCAGGCGUAAUCCAACGCUACGGCGGUGAGCAGAAGCGGCCCACCACCACGCCCCGCUCGUUCCCGAAGCAGCGCCGGCACCACUCCCCCGCCGGCCCGCCGCCGCGACGGGUCGCGCCCGGCGACAAGCAUCGCCGGCGCCGGCCCCAGCAGGAACACAUCGCGCAUGCGCAACGAUGAUACGCUCCGCGCCGACACGGUAUACUAACACAAACUAAGCUAACAUAAAAACCGGUCACCCGACACUCUAGGCUUCUACCCUCCCCCGGUAAGCUGAGAUCGACACCGAUGAAUAUUCUAGAAUGGCUAGCCAUAAAAUUUAUGAAAUUCUUAAGGUAUCAAAAUUGACAAUUUCAAUUAAAGAAAAAAUUGUGGGUCGGUCGAUGACAAAGAAGAUUGAGUUGGUAAUGGUGUCGAUUCUGGCGUGAUUCUCUAAACUUAAAACUAAAUUUAACAUCGGUCUCUCCUUUUUAUUCUGUAUAAAGAAUGAAAAGGAUGCACAGUUGUCAAAUUUAAGUUUAGCUUUAGAGAAUCAUGCCAGAAUCGACAUCAAUAAUCACUUAAACUUAUAAUAUAUAUAAUAGACCAUAUAAUAUCCAAAUUCUUAUUUCUUUUUGUUUUGUUUAUGUUCAUUAUGAUACCAAAAAUUGUUUCUUUUUUCUCUCAUGUUUAUUAGACACUAUGUGAGAUAAUUAAUAGUGGAAAUUACCUAGGCAAUUGUUUAAACUAAUGUUAUAUUUUUUAUGUAAAAAUUAAUGCUGUUAUUUCCCUAAAAAUAAA